ACCUAUGUUUGUUGGUUUGUUGUUUGUAAACCUUUCAAUUUCAAACACUUUGUGUUGAUAUUUUAUAUCGUUUAUAUCGUUUUAAAUAAAAAAAGUAUGGAUGCUUUUGAAAUCGGAUCAUGUUUUAAAAGUUAUACCGAGUUAAUGGAAAAACUCAGCGAAUAUUGUGAAGCCACCAACACCAAAUUUACCACAAAAGAUUCUAGGCUAAUUACAGAUGAAUUUGCAACCGCCAAAGAAAGUUUUGUUUAUUCAGAAUUGAAGCUUAUCUGUAUAUAUGGACGUUCAAGUAAAUAUAGAUAUAAGGAACAAGCCCGAAAAAGAAAAAUGAGAACAAUCAAAAUCCCAAAAACAGAAUGUCCAGCAUAUUUCAGAAUAAAACUAAUUAACUCAGGAGUUGCAUUGCAAAUUGUAGCAAUGAAUACAAAACAUAAUCAUGUUUGUGAAAAAAUAGAGGAACCUAUUAAGGAACAGAAGAGGAAAAAAGAUAAGAUAAAAAGGGAAAUCAAAAGUGAGGAUGAGGAUAAUGAUGACCCAGCAGAUGAUUUGGAGUCAUCAGUGUAUAUUGAAGUUUAUAUAGAUCCAGAUGAAGAUAUUGGACCAGAGAAAAAAGUAAAAUUUUCUGGCAAAGGAGUAUUUGUGCCUGUUUUUAAUGCUUUUAGUAACGAUUCGUCAGUAAAUGUUGAACCCAUUUCAGAAUAUGCUGAAUAUUUAUCUAGUUUUGGAGUUAAUGGUGUAGUAGUGAAUAGCUGUACUGGAGAAGGAACGUCAAUGAAUAUUAGUGAAAGGAAAUUAGUGACAGAAAAAUGGAUUGAAAUUACAAAACCUUUAAAAAUGCAAGUUAUGGUACAAAUAGGUGGUUGUGCGUUACCUGAUGUAGUGGAGUUAGCAAAACAUGCAGAAUCUUUAAAUGCCGAAUCGAUUCUUUGUAUGCCAGAAUUAUAUUUUAGGCCGACAUCCAACGAAGCUCUAGCCGAUUAUUUGAAAAUCGUCAGCGAAUCUGCUCCAAAAACGCCUUUGUUUUAUAGCCACAAUCCCGAAAUGUCGGGGAUUAAUUUAAAUAUGGUAGACUUUUUAAACACCUACGGACUUGUUAUCCCUACGUUUUGCGGUAUAGAAUAUGUUCCAAAUGAUCUCAGUGAAGCCGAGUCUAUUUUAGAAGCCAGCCAUGAAAAGUACAAAAUUUUCUAUGGAACAGAGUCGCAACUAUCCUCCGCCGUUUAUAGUGGUUUUGAUAGUGGAAUAAUACCAGCGGCAAAUUUGUUUCCUCAGCAAGUAAGCAGUAUUCUAAAAUCGACAAAGAAUACAAAAACAGGCGAAGUUAGAAGGUUACAAAAGGAACUUAAUGUAAAUUGUACAGCCAUAUACGAUUUUGGUUUUUGGGUUUCUUCAAUGAAAGCAUGCAUGAAUUUGAUGGCACCUUUUAGCGUGGGUAUCUGCCGAGCGCCGUUAAAGAACCUCUCGGAUGAAGAUGUAACCUCGAUGAAACUAAAACUAAAUAUAACAUGAUUAAAAAUAGACUGUUUAGAAUUUAAAAUUGUUUAUAAAAUACCGAUGAUGCAUUUUUAAAUAAUUAUAUGUAUAAAAAGCACAUAGGAUGAAUCAAUUUUUAAAGGCGCUCUACUCAGUUAUUUUUCUUCUAUGAUGCUUAAUUUAUUUUGUUUAUAGUGUUUUUAUAGUAAAACAACUCAACACUGAUUCUCUUUAA